AUGCCCAUAGACAAGGGUUUAGAAAUGCCACUGCUGUUGAGAGGAGGUGAGGUAGGGAUGGGAGGAGGUGAAGCAGGAGUGGCAGGCGCAGGCAUACUCGGUGAGACUGCACUCUCGGGGGUAAUCUCGCCAGCAAGUGAGGAGCUAGCAGGGCAGGUAGCAUCAGAUUCAGAAUCAUCCGUAGCAGAGGCUGGAGAUGUGAGGGGAGCAGCAGAGGCGGAGGGUGGUGUGCCAGCUGUCGUCUCCUCUUCUGUUACUCCACCCAGAGAGGCGACUCAUGAGUUGAGCCACGACUCGGCAAUGCUACAGAUAGCAGUAGCAGAAGCCAGAGAAGCCAUAGCAGCAGCGCCAUUGGCAAGUGCAGUUGAGGUGUCAGGAGCCGACACGUCAGCAGUAUCAGCCAUGGAGGCGGUAUUUGCGAUGCAAGGAGCGUCGACACCAGCUUCGACACAAGCUUCAUCACAAGCCGCAACACGCGCCUCAGGGCUGAUGAUCUCGGGUCACCCCACUGCUGCUGCAUCCCUUUGCCCUUCCCCUCCAUCCAAACCCCGAACCUUGCCCAUCACCAUCGCUCUCCACCCCUCCAUCUCCAUCAUCCCCACAUCCUUCCUCCCCAACUUCUCAAGCAUCUCCUCCCCCAUUUAA